AUGGGAUGUCUGCCAAUUUAUAUUACAAAGUUUGGGCUGGAAAGCGAAGCAGACGAGUUCGACGAGAAUCAUUGCAUAUGGCUGUUGAACAGCUUUGCAACUUUCCACAAUGAUCACCUGAAGAAGGCGAUUGCCGAGCUGCAAGAGAAGUACCCAUAUGUAACAAUCGUCUAUGGAGACUACUACGCUGCAUAUGAACAGCUUCUCAAUCUAGGUGAAACUGAAGGUUUUGAGCUACAAAAAGCUUGUUGUGGAGUUGGAGGGCUGUACAACUUCAAUGAGACGCAAAUGUGUGGAUUUCCAGGUGUUAAGGCUUGCCGUGAUCCCGAAAGAUACGUCAGCUGGGAUGGAAUUCAUUUAACACAGGAGGCCUACCGCAUGAUAGUGGAUUGGUUGCAAGCUGAUCUUUUCUGGAAAUUGCGUUGCCAUCAGUGAACAAUUCUAUCAACUUUAUCAUGUUCUUCAAGCUCCUACAGUAGCAGAACCCGAGUCCCAGUUUGCUUUUUCAGUCCAGUAGCUUAGUUUAGUUUUAGCUAAUGGGAAGCUCUUGUGUGACUAAUUUCGUCACCAACUGCUUGAGC